AUGUUUAAACCAAGACCAAAUACUAUUUUACGGAGAUCUCUGGCACAAGCUAUCAGGCCAGCUGUGAAGGUACCGAACGCAUCCCACCAAGGUUCGGGGCCAUCAAAUAUUGACAAGAAUCUACCACAUGAGCGCCGCACAAAAGCUUGGGAAAAGGCCGGCGAAGACAAAGACUCGUGGUUUAGAAGGAAAUAUGCGCAUGUGCACGCAAAAGCAGGAAAUCCAAAUAGGCAGAAGGGACGAGCAAAGCAAAACGUUGAGGAGGCCUCAGUUCAACAUGACCAGCAUAAAUCAAAGUUCCGCAACCGUAGCGUAACGGGCUCGUUGAGACCGAACCCUCUAAUGGAGUAUGUUCAUGGAACUAAUAGUGUCAUCUCUGUCCUACAAGCGGACAAGAGGGAUUAUUACUCGAGGAUUCUUUACCACGCGUCUGUUACGGAUGAAAUUCGCUCUUUGGCCAAGAAAAGAGGCGCUCAGCUUGAGAUGACAGACAAGCACAGGUUGAAUAUAUUAACCAACUAUGCUGUGCAUAACAAUGUGGUCUUGGAGACGAAACCGCUGCAGCUACCGGAAAUCUCUCAAGUAGGGAGUUGUGAUCCUGAGGGAAGUACCUUUGCAUAUGAUGAGUUGUUUUUUGACGAGGCCUCGGAGCGUCGAACUUCGUUCAUACAGAAAGAAAACAAGAAGUUCCCGCUGGGACUCUAUCUUGAUGAAGUCUCUGACCCACACAACAUGGGCGCCAUAAUACGAAGCGCAUAUUUUCUCGGGGUUGAUUUUAUGAUCAUGUCAAGAAGGAACUGCGCUCCUCUGUCACCCACAGUUUCUAAGACUAGCAGUGGGGCUACUGAGCUACUCCCCAUCUUCACAGUGGACAAGCCAUUAGACUUCUUCUCAAAAUCGCAAAAGGAGGGCUGGACAUUCGUCUCAGCUGGUGUUUCCAAGCAAAACAAGUUCGCCAAGAAUAAAAAAAUUGAGGCCCAGGACCUACACGGCAUGCUUAAAGAGCUACCAGUGAUACUGGUCGUAGGCAAUGAAGGCGAGGGGGUCCGUACCAACUUGCAGAUGAGAAGUGACUUUCUGGUAGAGAUUCCACAAGGCAGAGGCGCGGCUGGAACGCGGUCCGUGGAUUCUCUGAAUGUUAGUGUUGCUACUGCUAUCUUGUUGAACUCAAUACUGAAUUAA